GCGGUGUGAACGGAUGUGAAGUGCUGUCUGGCUCCACCCUAACACGUGAACUGCAACGUUACGGUUAGUUUAGUCAAGUUGUAUUGAGAGCGGUCAUUGAAAAAUAACCGAACAGUUCCUUUGUUCGUUAAAUAAUGCUCUCAAUUACUUUUGUCUUCACGCUGCCCGUCGCCCUUUAGCUAAGCUUGCUACUUCAGCUACCAUUUUGCAGACAUGCUUACUGCUGUGCGGUGUAUGCUCUCUAAGCUGGUUUCUCCAUUGUGGAGGACUGUAGAGUUGGAUGCAGAAGGCAUUUUCUCCGAUACACCAGGCAUGGAGGACAUUCGCCACCUGCGAGGCAGUGUGGUAACCCAGCUGUGCCUUGACUAUGGCAUGAUAGACGAUGCAGUCUACUUCACAAGUGGAGAGGUGUUGGGCGGGAUGCCACUGAAACAAGGGGACGUGGUGAACUGCAUAGCAGUACGAGAUGGUGCCCAAGGGGGAUGGAAAGCUUUAAGGGUGGAGAAGAGUGCAGAUGCUUGGGAGGAUGGGGGAACAACCUCCCUAGAAGCUGACACUAUGCAGCUGCGGCCUCUCAUUGGCACAGUCACAUCAUUUGAUGGAGAUGGCGGCUACAUAAACCGUACCACAUACUUCCCACGCUUCAGUCUAUGUGAAGGUUAUGAGCCUAUGAAAGGAGACUGGGUCCAAGCAAAAUAUUUUAUCAAUCCUACCAAGUGGACCACCCAGGCUCAUUCUGUGACCCCUUUACGCUACUGCCGCCUAGACCAGGUGAAUGUCACCAGCAUGUAUGGUAAAAAUGGAGUGGUGGACGACAGUGUGUUCUUUAGCCUGGACUCUCUGCUGCUGCCUGCCGACUACCAGCCUUCACCCGGGCACCUGGUCAACCUAAUAAUGGUGGAGAGCAGUCAGUCCUUCUACUGUUGGAGGGCCCUCUGCAUGGCACCUUGCCACGAGUGUUGCAGUGGAAAUAUUUCACGUCUCCCAGGGGCUGAACUUCAGAACAUCUUGGAAAACAAAGGGGGGCUAGAUGUAACAUUCUAUGGCCAGUUUGGGGAUCUGAUGAUUGAGGAGAACCGAGAGCUGGUGCUCUGGAUACAAAACAAAGGCUCAGAGACCCACAGACUGAAGUGCUGUGACUUUGCUGGCUGGGACUCAGAGGAACAGUUCACCCUCGUUACUGACAAAGGCUCUACACAACUGAGACAAAAACAACAGUGUUUGCAAGAAAACUCUGAAAAACCUUCAGAAAAACAGGCCAGCAGCGCAAAAGAGGACAACAGGGAAUAUGUUGAUGUGCAGAAGGGUGCCAUCCAUUUCACUGGUGCAAGGAGAGAUGACAGAGAGGUGGAUAUUCCACCAGGAGAGAGGUUGUCUAUUGUAGUAGCCUGCCAAGCGAAGAGCCUAGGAAGCUGUGCUGAGCUGCUUCUGCUGCACUUCUCCUCUUUCACCAUUGGGAGGCGCCUGGAGGUCACAGUAGGUAGUAAAGAGGAGAACCUGCUGCAGCCGUCUCAGCCCUACAGUCCAAGAGGUGAACGUCCCGUCUCAACAAUGCCUUCUCACGUGAUCACCGUCUCUGCUCCUGAAAACACGCCAAGGCCUAUGAAGCGGCGGCUGCCAAACUACCUACCUAACUUCCCAUUGCCCCAGUCUCUCAGAGACUGUGUGGAGGCACAGAGUGACGUGCUGGUGGUUCAUCAAUGUCUAGGAGAGGUGCUGUCACCAUCCAACAUGCAUUCACGCUUUUCAGUCCUUCUUUGGCUGGAAGAGUUGCAUGCAGAGAGGGAAAUUAAAGAAUUCACAAUCAACGGGGCUCUUCUUAGGAAAGGAGCAGCCUAUCUGCAUCUAGAGGUCCUUGGGUUGGCCGAAGGAAGACCCAGUCUUAAUAUUGGUGAUAGAAUAGUGCUGAAGAAACCUCGAAGUGCUGGUGUGGUAAUGGAGUACAUUAGUUAUGUCACAGAGAUAAAUGAUGAGACGGUGAGUUUGAGAGUGAACUCAGAAUUUCAGCGCAGCUACCUAGGGGAGCCUCUUGAUGUCGAGUUCUCUUAUAACAGAUUGACCAUGAGGCGGUGUCACAACGCACUUGAGCAGACAAAACAGUUUGGGGAGAUUCUCUUCCCCUCCAGAGUGACUGUUCAGACCCCUCAGUGGACAGGAGAGUGGGUAGAGGACGCAGACCUGAACAAAACAAUGGAGGUCAAUGAGGCUCCAGCCAUGGAAAACGGAAAGGUGUCAAGCAUUUCCAUCGACAUGAAGACAAAGGCCACACAGACUAAAGAUGGUAGACUUCCAUCCAAACCAAUCCCCAGCAAAGGGCACUUCUUUAACCCAGACCUGAACCCCCCUCAGAGAGAGGCAGUGAAGAGGAUCCUGGCAGGAGAGUGUCGACCCAUUCCUUAUGUCCUGUUUGGACCUCCAGGCACCGGAAAGACCAUCACCCUUAUAGAGGCCAUACUACAGGUUUACCACUUUCUGCCCAGUAGUCGCGUACUCGUAUGUACUCCUUCCAACAGUGCUGCUGACCUCAUCUGCGUUCGCCUACAUCACAGUGGUUUCCUGCAUGCUGCAAGUUUGGCCCGUGUCAACGCAUCCUGUAGGCAGGACCAGUCCAUCCCAGAGGUGCUGAGACAGUACUCCAAGGCAGGAGAGGACAUCCGUCAUGCCUCUUUUCACAGGAUUGUGGUCAGCACCUGCUCCAGCGCUGGCAUGUUCCAUAAUAUAGGACUACAAGUGGGACACUUCACCCAUGUGUUUCUGGAUGAAGCUGGCCAGGCCACAGAACCAGAGUCACUGAUCCCCAUGAGCUACGUGUCAGAAAGAGAUGGACAAAUAGUGUUGGCCGGAGACCCCUGUCAGUUGGGUCCGAUAGUGAAGUCCAAGCUGGCCUCUGCCUAUGGCCUGGGGGUGUCUUUGUUGGAGAGGCUGAUGGCGAACCCACUGUACUCGAGACAUGACUGGGGAUACAACCCUAAACUGGUGACUAAGCUGAUCUACAACUACCGUUCUCAUGAGGCUUUGCUCACACUGCCCUCCAAGCUCUUCUACAAGAGUGAACUGUGUUUUAAAGCACCAAGGGCUGUAGUAGACUCUCUCUGCCAGUGGAAAACCCUGCCCAAAAAAGGCUUUCCACUCCUCUUCCAUGGAGUAAGGGGCACAGAAAUGAGGGAAGGUAACAACCCGUCGUGGUUCAACCCAGUGGAGGCUGUACAGGUCAUGCUCUACUGCUGCCAGCUCGCCAAGAAGCUCUACAACCCUGUGGAUGCCUCCAACAUUGGCAUUAUUGCCCCCUACAAGAAACAAUGUGAGAAGAUUCGAGUGCUGCUGGGUAAGGUAGGCCUUUCUGACAUCAAAGUGGGCUCAGUGGAGGAGUUCCAAGGACAGGAGUUCCUGGUCAUCAUCAUGUCUACGGUGCGCUCUAAUGAAUCGGUACAGAGUGAUGAUUUGCAGAGUGCGCUCGGCUUUCUGGCCAACCCCAAACGCUUUAACGUGGCCAUCACUCGUCCUAAAGCCCUGCUCGUAAUUGUUGGAAACCCCCACAUUCUCAUCAGGGAUCCAUGCUUCAAUACUCUGCUGCAGUACUGUUUCAUCAAUGGGGCAUAUCUGGGCUGCGACCCCCCUCCCUCCCUUAGAGACACUCAGAUAGUUGCAGAAGAGCAAAGGGCUGCAUAAGAGGACUAUGAAAUCAUGGAUGAUGUACCUCAGCUCCGUAAACCUGACUGUCUUAUUGUGAUCUAAGUUUUUUUUCCCCCUCACAUUUCCAUGGCUUGUCUCUCUUUUGACUGUUUGCAAAGUGAGCUGUCGUUGUUCUAAUCAGUGUUAACUGAAUUGGUUUGAAAAGAAAAAAAAUGUUUCUGCGAAAGCCAAAUGCAGUUCUGUUCGGGGGGUAGAAAUAAAGAUGACGCUUGUGUGCUGCAUAA